AUGUCUGGGUCUGGGAACAUUAAAGUAGUUGUUCGAUGUCGUCCUUUGAAUAGUAAAGAAUUGGCAAGAGGAGCUACUAAUCUUGUCCGUAUGGAAGGAAAUCAAACCAUUGUCUCUCAACCUUCUACUCCAUCCACAGGAAACAACAACCGACAUCGUGACCAAAACAACCAUGGCAAUAGUGAUGAUAUCAAAGCCUUUACCUUUGACCGAUCUUUUUGGUCAGUUGAUCCUAACAGUAACAACUAUGCAUCACAAGAAACAGUUUACGAAGAUUUAGGUCAAGAAUUACUAGAUCAUGCUUUCCAUGGUUACAACUGCUGUAUCUUUGCUUAUGGUCAAACAGGAUCAGGAAAAUCUUAUACAAUGAUGGGUUAUGGUGAAGACAAAGGAAUUAUACCAAAAACAUGUGCAGAACUUUUCUCUCGGAUAGCUUCGACAACAGAUGAAGUGAUAAGUUAUCAAGUAGAAGUUUCGUAUCUGGAAAUCUACAACGAAAAGGUACGUGAUUUGUUGAAUCCAAGGAACAAGAGUAAUCUCAAAGUACGGGAACAUCCUAGUCUUGGUCCUUAUGUGGAAGAUUUAUCUCGAUUGGCAGUCAAAUCAUUCGAUGACAUUGAUCAUUUGAUGAAUGAAGGAAACAAGGCUCGAACUGUUGCUGCAACUAAUAUGAACGAAACAUCCUCAAGAUCACAUGCAGUCUUCACCAUCUUUUUGACUUCAAAAAAAUCGGAUCCCAGCUCAAAACAGAUUACUGAAAAAGUGAGUCGUAUUAGUCUUGUUGAUUUGGCAGGAAGUGAACGAGCUGAUAGUACAGGUGCUACUGGUGCAAGACUGAAGGAAGGUGCAAAUAUCAAUCGAUCUCUGGCGACUCUUGGCAAGGUGAUUGCAGCUCUAGCUGAAAAAUCUUCUACUCUGGAUACGAAAAAGAAUAAGAAAACAAAAGAGCAUUUUAUACCAUAUCGAGAUUCUGUAUUGACAUGGUUACUCAAAGAUUGUCUUGGUGGAAACUCUCGAACAGCAAUGAUUGCAGCCAUCUCCCCUGCUGACUAUGAAGAAACACUUAGUACUUUACGAUAUGCUGAUCAAGCCAAACGUAUUAAGAACAAGCCUGUCAUCAACGAAGAUCCAAAUGCGAAACUCAUCCGAGAACUCAAAGAGGAACUACAAGCUUUGCGCGAUACCCUUAUGGCUUAUGCACCUGAAGAAGUGGAGAAAAUAGCAUCACACACUAGUCCUAGUAUUCUUGGAAGUAAGUCAACGCCUCUAACAUCACCUUCAGCUACAGCACCCACGCGAACGCCCUCACCUGGCACACCUAUGAAGGAAAUAUCAUUUUCUGAUGCAUUUGGAGUGACAAGAAAAAUGACUAUGGCCGAAAUGGUAGAACAGCUCAAAGCAUCACAGAAGCUCUUGGACUCUUUGAAUCAAACAUGGGAGGAAAAAUUAGCAAAAUCACAAGAAGUACAUAAUGAACGGGAAAAGGCUUUGGUGGCUCUUGGAAUUCUACUGGAACGCGAUAAUGGUAUGGGUAUUCAUACGCCCAAGCAAAUCCCUCAUUUGGUCAAUUUGAAUGAAGAUCCUCUAAUGACCGAGUGUCUUGUGUAUCAAAUCAAACCUGGAAUAACAAGAGUUGGGCGAUUCGAAAGUGAUAAUAUGGAUAUACGACUCAGUGGGCCAAAUAUCAUGGAUGGACAUUGUUAUUUUGAAAAUAAUGACGGCGUAGUGACGAUCUUCCCUACUACAGGCUCAAUGACAAUGGUGAAUGGAUUGGGAAUUACGGAACAAAAACGAUUACACAACGGUUAUCGAAUUAUACUUGGUGAUUAUCAUGUUUUCCGAUUCAAUCAUCCUGAAGAAGUGCGAAAGGAACGGGAUAGGAUGAAUCGAUCUGAUUCUCCAGCACUGUUCUCUUCCGAUCGUGACAGUGGUAAUUACAGCAUAAGCGCUAGUGGACCUCCUGAUAUUGUGGAUUGGAACUUUGCUAAACGGGAGGCGGUCUUGAACUAUUACAACGGCAACAGUGUCAACGGUGACUUUUCAAAACGGAUAUCAUUGAUGGAUGAUGAAACAAUGUCACGAACAACAACUUCGUCUAUACGGUUCAGCAAUGGCUCUCUACCAUUAUCUAUGGGUAUUCAAAAUGACGACGACAAUAGUAUUAAACGUGGGAACCGGUACAGUGGUAGUCAACUUUCGAUCGAUACUGGUAUUUAUUCUGCUCUGGAUGGAUUAUCAACGAUUCUUUCGGACAAUAAUAGUCAAUCAAGUGAUAUACAAGAUAUGGAAAUGAAACUACAACGUGUGGUCGACAAUAUGCAUCGUAUGAUGGAAAAACAAAAGCAAGCGUACGAAUCCAAAAUCAUGAGACUCUCAUCAAAGCUACCUUUGGAUGUACUGAAAUCACCUCUCUCACCUCUUUAUUCACCAACUGAACAAAAAUUGGCUUCCGAUGUAAUCAAGCAAUGGAGACGUCUACACUAUGUCCUUAUGGCUGAAGCAAUUCUGGUACAUUCAAUUAUACUGAAGGAAGCAAAUAUCAUCGCCAAAGAUCUUGGAAAGAAUGUCUCUUAUCAAUUUACUGUAAUCCAUGACAAUGCCAUGAUUUCAUCACGUUCAUUCUGGGAAUCCACCUCUGCUCUUCAACAACACGAAUCAUUUUUAUCAACCAACAACAAUACUGCAAAACCCUGUGUAGGAGUACAAGUGAUUGACAAGAAACACGAUGCUAUUUAUUACUGGUCUCUCCCUGAAAUCAAACGUCGUCUCAAACGUAUGCAAAGCCUUUAUGAUUUUACUGAUCGGCCAUUGUCAAGAACUCAAUUCAAUUGGAAGGAUCCAUUUUGCCAAACACCCUGUCCUCGAUUUACACUCAUUGGAUUAGCUAGUGUGCCUAUGCGGAAUCUUGCUCUUCAAGUAUCUGUGGAAAGUACGGUGGAUAUUUAUAAUCGCAACUCAUGCCUGGUGAUGGGACAACUUCGAUUACUGAUAACUCCAAUUGCAAGAUCAACAAAUAGAUCAUACAAAAGACGGAGCUCUACUUCAUAUUUGGCCACAAGUUUGAACAGCAACCAUUCAACAAAUUCAUCUGUUUUAUCUGAAUCAUUAUUAUCUCCUGGUUCGACAUCAUCAUCAGCAUCUAAGAAUGACAGCAUCAAUGAUUCUUUUCCUCAUGUGGGUCAACAACAAGUCUUUGAAAUACAAAUUUUGGAGCUCUUUGGUCUUGAUGAAAAUCUGUUUACACAAGUUCAUGCUCAAAUUCGACUCUCUUGUUUUGGAAACAUUGUACCACAUUCUGAUGAAGACAAAAUCUAUGCUACGGAACCUAUGAGUGGAUUUGGAACUGGUCCUAUCUAUUUCAAUCAUACGCAAACUUUGACUUCUACCAUUACAAACGAUAUGUUGAAUAAGAUAAUGACGGAAAAUCUGACUGUGGAGAUUUAUGGACAAGCUCGACCAGAACACCUGUAUAGUAUUAUUGAACGACACAUUGAACGUGAAAAGGCUGCUGAUACAUCAUCAUCAACUUCUACACCUGAUACAAUACCAAUCACCACUACUAGUCCUUCUUCAGCUCCCAAUCGGCGGAUGCGAUUAAAGAUUCCUGUACGAUCAUAUACGGAUGAUGGAUUACUGUUGAAGGAACGUCAUCAUGUAGUUGCCUGGGUACAAGUAUUCGAAUUGGGUGAAGAUGGAGAAUAUAGUCCUGUGAAUGUAGUGGCUUACUCUUCUCAAGAUCAAGGAUGUUUCUACCUACGUCAAGGUUUACAACGGCGGAUUAGGAUUACGAUGGUACAUGACUCUGGACUUCGCUUACCAUGGAAGAACAUAACAAAUAUGAACAUCAGCAAUGUUAUACUCUCGACAGACAACGCAGUUGAUGAUAAAUCCAAAUUGAAGGUUGAAACCGAUACAUCAGCACAAUCGCCAGUUUCAAUCAACCUAUACCAAGAUCAACCGUUGGAAUAUAACCGUGAUGGCACCAGUGUAUUAAUAGCACAAGGACCUUGGGACAGUUCAUUACAUGACUCUAUUCAUCUGAACCGCAUCACUCCUCCUCAACAACGUAUCAGAACCACGUUAUCCUGGGAAGUAACGUGUGACAAGUGCACCCAUCCACUCUCCUUCUCAAUGAACCUUAGUAUGAGAAUCCAUAGUCGUGAUUUGGCUCCACCUUGCAACACACACAACAAUAAUAACAACAAUUCAUCCUCCUCCGCCAUCCUUCACUAUUUCUCAAGCGCCUUUUAUCAGUAUCAUCACAUGUCUAGCAAACUUCGUGGUCUUUUUUCAGUUCAUCUCACACCUCCUCUUACUCGUCAAGUAUCACAACUUUGGCGCGUCAAUACUGCCAAUAGAUAUGUUCGUGGUGAAGAACUAUUGGGCCCUGAACGUCGAUUACGUGGAAUCUCCUUGAUUGAGGAUUACCGAAAAGCAAGGAAAAGAAUGAUUAUGCGACAGCAGGUUCUGGCUACACGACACACAUUGACUUUAAUGGAACAACAACACAAACGACAGCAACAUGGAGAUAUGGAAAAUAAGACGGUUUUAGUUCAAAAAGUGAUUCGACUAUGGAAUUGUCAGUUUGGACUGCAACAAGAGAUUAUCAUCAAUCACAAUCCACCAUCACCGACAUCACCUCAAAGUGCCAUCUCUAACUCAUCCCUCCGACCUAUCAAAGACGCUGAUAUCAACUUCAAACUGGCCCCUCAAAUACAAUACAUUUUACCGAGUGACACUGUAACCAAGAAAGGAUAUCUUUUCCAUCCGCAACAUGCUGAAAAUGAGACUUGGAUAAAACAUUGGUUUACUCUUCGAAGGCCAUUUAUUAUGGUAUAUCAAGAUCAAACAGAAAUCGAAGAAAUAGCUGUCAUUGAUUUGACUCGUGUACGUGUGGAACAUCGAAAGGAUCUGGAAGAUUUGAUACAGAAACCCAAUGCCUUUGCCAUCUAUACUACCAACAAUGCCUACCUAUUCCAAGCAAAAACUACGGAUGAUAUGAUCGAUUGGAUUACAAAAGUAGAUCAGUUUUAUCCUGUGGAUACCUUAAAAUCAUAA